AUGCCACUGAGAGGGAUCAAGUCCGAUGGACUUGGCCACAUCGCUCUAGACAAUGCGAACCCCAACCAUGCGCCAUCUGGAAACGCCGCGUCGAUGUUCGAUUUCACAACAGCCCACAGAUGCUCACGGCAUGGCAAUCCGCGUCUCAACAUCGCCAUUCAUGUUGUUGGCUCCCGGGGCGAUGUUCAGCCUUUCGUCCCCAUUGCCCAGCUGCUGUCUAGACCGCCAUUCAACCACCGCGUGCGUAUUUGCACGCACCCUAUCUUCAAGGACUUUGUUGAAGAACAAGGCGUGGAAUUCUUCAGCAUUGGCGGCGAUCCUGAAGCCCUCAUGGCUUACAUGGUCAAGAAUCCAGGCCUACUACCGAGCCGCAAAAGCGUCAAAGACGGUGACGUUGGUAAGAGGCGGAAGGAGAUGUGGGAGAUCAUGCAUGGCGCAUGGCGGAGCUGUAUUGAGGCUGGCGAUGGGAUGGGGACAGAGCCGAUAAAGGCGGCUGAUGUGCAGAUGCCAAAAGACCUCUUUAUCGCCGAUGCUAUCAUUGCCAACCCCCCUUCUAUGGCUCAUAUUCAUUGCGCCGAAAAGCUAGGCAUUCCCUAUGGGGACGCCAACGCAGCAAUUGCCAACUACCUCUCAUUUAUGAUGCUAGAGCUAUUGACCUGGCAAGGGCUUGGGGAUUUGAUCAAUAAGCUACGCACCAAGGUCUUGCGCCUUGAUCCCAUCAGUCCAAUGUGGGGAUAUCAGCUUCUCUCUCGACUCCGCGUACCUUUCAGCUAUCUCUGGUCUCAAUCUCUAAUCCCAAAGCCGUUCGAUUGGGCUCCCCAUAUAAAUAUCACUGGCUUUUCUUUUCUGCCCUUGGCAUCCUCUUACACCCCUCCUCCGGAUCUAACUGCAUUUCUGGAGAAAGGGAGGCAUCCUGUAUACAUCGGGUUUGGGUCUAUAAUCAUUGAGAACCCACAAGCUCUCACCGAACUGAUUUUCAAUGCAGUCAAGAUUGCAAAGGUCCGUGCUAUCGUCUCCCAUGGUUGGGGGACGAUAGGCGGCAAACCUGCUGACAUUCCCGAGAAUAUAUACCUCAUUGGCAACUGCCCACAUGACUGGCUCUUUCAGCGUGUUUCUGCUGUUGUCCAUCACGGGGGUGCUGGAACCACAGCGGCUGGUAUUGCUGCUGGGCGGCCAACUGUAGUUGUGCCUUUCUUUGGUGACCAGCCCUUCUGGGGCCAGAUGGUAGCUCGAGCAGGCGCCGGUCCAACGCCAGUCCCUUUCAAGGAGAUGACAGCAGAAACACUGGCCGCCAGCAUCUUGUUUGCACUCAAGCCGGUGGUUGGUGAAGCGGCGCAGAAAAUGUCACACACCAUCACACAGGAAAACGGAGCGAGCACGGCAGCUGCGGAUUUCUUCGAUCGACUAGGCAUUGACGACCUCCGGUGUGAUUUAUGUCCAGACAGGCUGGCAGUCUGGCGAUAUAAGUCCACUGGUAUUCGCCUCAGCGGGUUUGCCAUGUCAUGCCUCCUCGAUAAAGGCUUGAUCCAACCAAAUGACAGCGAGCUCAUUCAACACAAGCACUGGUAUGUCAACGAAGGUGCCGAACACCCAAUAAUCGGCGCUGUAGCCGCUGUGUCGGGAUUUUUCACGGCCGUGGGUACAGCAGCGAGUGGCUAUUCCAGCCGCUUGAAAGGGCGGCCUGGACAGCUUGCACCCGUGGGCAAAACAAGUCAGCCGUCUUCCUCAGCAGCGGCUAUCAUUGAUGAAGAUGUGGAAGCAUUGGCACAGCUAAGUAACCAGGGAAAUUCCCACGACGGCAUCCUCAAAGACUUUUUGCACUCUAAUCCCCUAACUUCUGUUGAGAUGGAAACUAUCGCUCAUAAACUGGCCACCAAGUCGCUUCACACUGCUGAACCUAACGUUGCUAAGUUCCAGCGAGCACCAACGGCUUACGAGAAGCGGAAAGCGGCUUGGCGAGCACAGGAACAGGGCAAGCAUGGAAAUGCUUACUAUAUCACGCGCGUCACGGGACGGUUCGCCGCUGAUAUAACCAAGACAGGUCUGAAGGCACCUGUAGCGUUUUUCUACAACAUCGCCAAUGGCUUCCAUAACUAUCCCUCAUAUAGCUUCGGUGCGACAGAGGUGCGACGGCGUGAUGAGAUUACAGGAUUGGGAAGUGGUCUCCAGACAGCAGGGAAAGAAUUUGUUCUGGGAUUCUGGGAUGCGUUCAGCGGCGUUGUCAUGAAGCCGUACGAAAAUGUGCGAGAUGAGGGUGCAAAGGGGCUCCUCAAAGGCAUUUUACGCGGUGCGAGAGGGUUCGCGUACAACCUCGGCGCCGCAAUAUUUGCCGUUCCAGGCUACACGCUCAAGGGUAUCGAGAAGGAGGUGUCAAAGCAUCAUCUCACUAAACUAAAAAGUGAAAUCAUGUUGAUCAGACUAAGACAAGGUCUAGACGAUUUUCGAUGGGCUACUCCAGAGGAGAGGGAAGCGGUGGUGACGAGAUGGAAAUCAAGGUCCUGA